AUGGCCCUUACAGCGUCCGAUGUCAUUUCGAUCCUAGACGCAGUGGUCAUCGACUCAGCUGACUAUGGUGCAGAGACCUAUACGUGCCGAUACAUAGAAGCAGAGGAGCAGAGACACAGACUGAAGACAAGUUACAUCACUUCCACCGUACCAUCGAGAUGGUUACCCAAAACAUGGGACUCUCUUGGGCUAAAAGUCAUUGAACUCCUGAACGAAGUCGGCGUUGAUUGGGCAUCUGUUGAUUGCUUCGAUAGUAAUGGCGACAGGGGAGGAGUGCCCUGGAUGCAAACCACCCUGGCCAUCACGGUCUACACCAUACCAGUUAUUAACUGGUCUCUUUUACAGACUAUUUGCGACAUUCAUGUGAUGGCGAAGGCUCGUGUUGAGAUACGCGUCGGCAAAUUGGAACGCCGUGGAGAGGGUGCAGUAAGAUCUGAUCACUUUACAGAUCAGGCCUUCCUACCACCUGGAAGCGAGGUUUCGUUUAAUUAUACCCUUGGAGAUUUUACCAGUGGAACUGUCGGCGGUAUAGUAGAGCUGUUCGAUAGCAAUGGUACUUGUCAGAAACUGUGUGCGUUGACGUGUCGCUCUUAUUUGCCUUCGCCCAAGAGCCGGUCUGAAACUGAUACAGAUUCAAGACGUACUCCACUAGAACAGUUUGGGGACAUCCAGUGCACCUACCCGAGUACCAGUCUGUGGGCCAGGAAUAUCCGUGGAACAAUCGAGCAAAUUAAGCUUCUCAAUGCUGAAAUCCAGGACCUGGAAGAAGAUUGGUAUAGAAGUGUGCGCGAAUCCAACCGCGAUGUUAUUAGAGACCACCUCGUCUACACGAAGUUGAAGAAAGAUGAAUACCGCAAAAGGCUGAAACAAAUUUUCGAGGAAAAUAUCAGCAUUGGUACAGUCUGUGCGCACUCAGGCAGCCGAGUGAUGGAGAAUCAUCACCUUGACUGGGCUCUUGUAGAGUUGAAAGGAGGUCGAACCCAGUUCAUCAAUCCAAACGUGGUUCGAGAGUCAAUCUCAUUUACUCGAAUCAAGAUGCCGUCAGAUACACUCAAACCAGGAUCUGCCGUCUACAAAGCGAAAUAUCCAGAUUUCACAGAAGGAAAUGUCAACUACACCAAGAGUUACUUACGCUACAAGGAUGAAAACGACAGAGUCAUACAGACCACGGAAUGGGCUGUUCUGCCAACUCCUGACAACAAGCAGUUCUGCGAGCCAAAAAACUAUGGUGCAUGGGUUGUGGAUCGUGUUCGUGAUGAGGUUGUUGGGGUGAUAUUUGCCAUGAAUCCUGUAACUGGUCUUACUUAUGUUACGCCUAUACAGGAGAUAUUCGAGGAUAUUGAGAGGGAUACUGGGUUUAAUGUUCGUUUGCCAAUCGGAAACUAA